GAGUUGCCAGGGGAGAAGACCUCUCUGAGCAUCCAGGCCCACCCAGGGUCUCUGUGUUCUCUCAGGGCCAUCGACCAGAGUGUGCUGCUGCUACAGCCUGAAAAGGAGCUCAGCCUAGACUCUGUACGUUCUCCAUGCAUGCGUCCCAAAUGGCACCCUAUUCCGAAUGUAGUGAACUACUUUUGACCAAACCCCUUUGAGGCCCUGGUCAAAGGUAGUGCACUAUAUAGGGAAGACUGUGCCAUUUGGGACAGUACACAGCCCAUCACAUUCACUUACUAACCAUUGACUCACCACACUAAGCUGAAGCCUAACCAUGAUCACACAAAUCCUCCUUUGGCAUUGUUUUUGUGCACCCAUGUGACUUCAAGAUAGGAUUCGGCUCACUUUCAGCUUCCUCUAACCAUGUAACCAUCUAACCACUGUCUGAUACUUCAAGUUUAGACCUUUUAACUUUUGGGACUAUUCCAUUGGUUCUCUCAAGCUAAAUCGAUCGCAGAUCAAGUAUUUGCUAUAUGUAUUUAACCCAGGUGUUAUCCUAUGCACUGACCUUGUCCUGACUAUGUACUGACCCUGUAACCUCUGACCACUUUCUGAUUACACUCUGACCAUGCACCGACCACGCUCUGACCGUGUCAAGAUGCUGCAGAUGAUCAAGUCAUUAUUACUAGAGGUAUAUUCCUUCUCUCUCUGCAGGUCUUCAGUCAGCUACCUGUUCAGAAGUUGUCUGGAUAUUCAUACAGAGUAGAAGACCCCUACCCAUGCCUUCGCUAUCCUCCAAUCUUUGAAGAAGAAGAUGCUCUUUCCACCCCUACCUAAACCGGCCGAGCAGUUGGUAGAACCACCUGUACCUGAUUGGAAAAAACGCUCAUUCUGGUUUGGCCCCAACAACGACGAAAACGAUGCCUACAGCGUCUUUAAAGUAAGAAGCUCAAAUAAGUUUGCUGUUAUUGUCUGUUUGGAAUAUGGACAAUGUAUAAAUAAAUAGUAAGUAUGUAAGAGGCUCAGGCUAAAAUGGCGUCUUUGUGAAGUAGACACUGAAUGAAUUAUAAUAGAAUGCAGUCUAUGAAGUGAGUUUUCAGAAAUAAGUAGAAAGACAUAUACACAGUAUCUACAAAAUGGACGGGUUUUACAUUGGUUAAUGUAAUACCCACAUCAUGAUGCAAAACUGAAAUACAGGUAUGGCCUUUACUCCCUAACACUGUUCAUUUUUCUGUACUUUUCAUUUUAGGAAGUUGGAAUCAAGAUCCUGACCAACUCCGACGUGAAAAAACCUUACGACUGUAACACACUCUUUACAAAGAAAGACAAUGGUAUGAUAGAAGAGGGUAUUACUAACUGUAAGUCGCUGUGGAUAAGAGCGUCUGCUAAAUGACUAAAAUGUAAAUGUAAAUGUAUUAUAUAGAGCCCCAUGUAUAGAGUGAUUGAACGCUAGUCACCUCAUAUUCUGUGUAUAUACUGUUGUUUACUCAUUGUGUAUGAUAAUACUGUAUUCUCGACAUGGCUCAUCCCAAUAUAGCUACUACUGUACAUACCAUUUUCUUUUCCAAAUUAUAUUCUGUCUAUACACACCAAGUAUUUAUAUUCUCACUUUAAUAUAUCUACUUGGACUGUUAGCUCUUGAUUUCUUGUUUAGAUUUUUUUGAUUAUUGUGUAUUUGUAUUGUUGGAGCAAGUAACACAAGCAUUUCGCUGCACCUGCCAUAAAACCUGCAAAUCUGUGUACAUGACCAAUAAACUUUUAUUUGAUAUGCUAAUGUCUAAACAUUUCUAGUCUCAACCUAAUGAAGGAUUGGUUUCUAUUUACAGUUCGUCCCAUGGCCAUUAACAUGAUGCCAAAUCUGCCGAGUGCACCAGCCCCUGGAGCCUCUGACGGGCCUAUGGAGACCGUCCGCACAUACUUCCCUGAGACCUGGAUCUGGGACCUGGUGCCUGUGGGGUAAGCAUUGUAACAUACACUGUAUUUGUAGUCCAACACACAUCCCUUUUCAUGGGGUGCUGGGCUGACAAUGCCUACUAAUAUGGCAUAACUGAAACUACAGGCAUGUUUUUGUGCUAGGGGUCGAUUUAAGGGGGAAGACGAGUUCAUUAAAAAAAUUACCUAGUCCUCUAUUGAAUUUACCAUAAAUCAUGUUUUCUAAUGUUAAUAUAAAUUUUGUUUUUAUUCAAAAUUUCCACACCACCAGAGAUACAGGAAAGGUUAAUGUUGAGAAGACUGUCCCAGACACCAUCACUAAGUGGGCUGCAGGGGCGUUCUGUACUUCCCCAGUGGGUUUUGGCCUGGCUCCCAACACUGGCCUCACUGCCUUCCAACCCUUCUUUGUGAGUCUGACGCUGCCCUACUCUGUCAUCCGGGGGGAGGUGUUCACACUCAAGGCCACAGUGUUCAACUACCUCUCCAAGUGUAUCAUGGUAAGCCCGCCCAGUAUUGUCUCUUUCUUUACCUCUCCAAGUGUAUCAUGGUAAGCCCUCCCAGUAUUGUCUCUUUCUUCACCUCUCCAAGUGUAUCAUGGUAAGCCCUCCCAGUAUUGUCUCUUUCUUUACCUCUCCAAGUGUAUCAUGGUAAGCCCUCCCAGUAUUGUCUCUUUCUUUACCUCUCCAAGUGUAUCAUGGUAAGCCCUCCCAGUAUUGUCUCUUUCUUUACCUCUCCAAGUGUAUCAUGGUAAGCCCUCCCAGUAUUGCCUCUUUCUUUACCUCUCCAGUCCCACUUCAUUUGGAUAGUCCCUGUAGACCAGGGGUAGGCAACUAGAUUCAGCUGCUGGAUGAUUUUUGUUGGAGUGGUCGGGGGGACGGAAAAUAAUAAUAAUAAUUUGUACUCUGCUAACUAAGCCCAAAAAGAGGUUGUAUUUGAAAAUAACUAUAGUUUCAUAUCUUGAUUACAUUGAGACAUGAUCACAUGUAUCUUUUUUUUUUUACUUGUGGGAAUAAUUGGGAAUAGAUUUCCUAAAUUAAACUAAAUUUAAGCUGAAUUCCUGGUGAUUUAAAAUAUACAUAUAGUACCAGUCAAAGUCUAGACACACCUACUCAUUCAAGGGUUUUUCUUUAUUUGUACUAUUUUCUACAUUGUAGAAUAAUAGUGAAGACAUCAAAACUAUUAAAUAACACAUAUGGAAUCAUGUAGUAAAGUGUUAAACAAAUCUAAAUAUAUUUUAUAUUUUAAAUUCUUCAAAUAGCCACCCUUUGCCUUGAUGACAGCUUUGCACACUCUUGGCAUUCUCUCAACCAGCUUCACCUGGAAUGCUUUUCCAACAGUCUUGAAGGAGUUCCCACAUAUGCUGAGCACUUGUUGGCUGCUUUUCCUUCACUCUGCCUUCCGACUCAUCCCAAACCAUCUCAAUUGGGUUGAGGUCGUGGGAUUAUGGAGGCCAAGUCAUCUGAUGCAGCACUUCAUCACUCUCCUUCUUGGUAAAAUAGCCCUUACACAGCCUGGAGGUGUGUUGGGUCAUUGUCCUGUUGAAAAACAAAUGAUAGUCCCAAUAAGCCCAAACCAGAUGGGAUGGCGUAUCACUGCAGAAUGCUGUGGUAGCCAUGCUGGUUAAGUGUGCCUUGAAUUCUAAAUAAAUCACAGACCGUGUCACCAGCAAAGCACCUCCACUCCAUAACACCUCCUCCUCCAUGCUUUAUGGUGGGAACUACACAUGCAGAGAUCAUCCGUUCACCCAAACCGCGUCUCACAAAGACACGGCAGUUGGAACCAAAAAUCUCCAAUUUGGACUCCAGACCAAAGGACACAUUUCCACCGGUCUAAUUUCCAUUGCACGUGUUUCUUGGCCUAAGCAAGUCUCUUCUUCUUAUUGGUGUCUUUAGUAGUGGUUCCUUUGUAGCAAUUCGACCAUGAAGGCCUGAUUCACACAGUCCCCUCUGAACAGUUGAUGUUGAGAUGUGUCUGUGACUUGAACUCUGUGAAGCAUUUAUUUGGGCUGCAUUUUCUGAGGCUGGUAACUCUAAUGAACUUAUCCUCUGCAGCAGAGGUAACUCUGGGUCUUCCAUUACUGUGAUGGUCCACAUGAGACCUAUUUUUAUCAUAGCGCUGGAUGGUUUUUGAGACUGCACUUGAAGAAAAUGUCAAAUUUCCCGUAUUGACUGACCUUCAUGUCUUAAAGUAAUGAUGGACUGCCGUUUCUCUUUGCUUAUUUGAGCUGUUCUUGCCAUAAUAUGGACUUGGUCUUUUACCAAAUAGGGCUAUCUUCUGUAUACCCACCCUACCUUGUCACAACACAACUCAUUGUCUCAAACGCAUUAAGAAGGAAAUAAAUUCCACAAAUUAACUUUUAACAAGGCACACCUGUUAAUUGAAAUGCCUUACAGGUGACUACCUCAUGAAGCUGGUUGAGAGAAUGCUAAGAGUGUGAAAAGCUGUCAUCAACGCAAAGGGUGGCUAUUUGUUUAACACUUUUUUGGUUACUACAUGAUUCCAUAUGUGUUAUUUCAUAGUUUUGAUGUCAUCACUAUUAUUCUACAAUGUAGAAAAUAGUAAAAAAGAAAGAAAGAAAAAACGAUUGAAUGAGUAGGUGUGUCCAAACUUUUGACUCGUAGAGUAUAUGUAUAUAUAUAUAUAUAUAUAUAUAUAUAUAUAUAUAUAUAUAUAUUUGUUUUUACUAACAACUUUGGGGAAUCAAAAAUAAAUCACUUGUGGGCCGGUUUUGGCCCAUGAGCCGCCUGUUGCCAACCCCUGCUGUAGACAAUCUAUAGAUGCUCUGACGUUUUAAGGACGCGAGAAGAGGAAUCUAGGAAAGACUUGAGAUUGACACCAUGUGUUUCUCCUAGGUGAAGGUGACUCUAGCUGAGUCGGACCAGUUCACAGCCAGGCCUUGUGAAGGCUGCCAGUACACCCUGUGUCUGUGUGGUGAAGAGAGCAGGACCUUCAAGUGGAUCCUCACCCCAACUUCUCUGGGUGAGCCAUACAGUAUAUUCUAUCAAUCUAUCACAAGGCUCUUGCAAUAGACUCCAAAUGUACUCCCUACACCUUGGCCCUUGCCCCCUAACCCUUCGAUGUUUGCCGAUCUGUAAGGUGUUAGAAAUAUGUUAGAAGCUCCACCACUACACUGCUUAUACCCAUCCACACAUUUCAUAUAUGCAAAUGGGGUAGGGAGUGAAUUCGUAGUGCCUUAAGACUGGGUUGUUGACUUCACACAGCUCUCGUCAGACUGAAAUUGAAGCAAAUUAAAUUAUUUAUCUGAUACACAUGGCUCAAAUAAAUUAAUUGUAUAUAUCCUAGCCCUGUAAAGAAAUGUUGACAAUCACUUGUACUAACAAGUCAAGAGGGAUAUCUGAUGAUAUGCUCAGAAAGAUCUCCCUCGAUGUAUCAGUGGCUAUCGGAGAAAUGGAGGGAGGGAGGGAACAAGAGGGGAAGGGAGGGAGAGAGAGGGAGGGAGAGAGGCAGGGAGGGAGGGAAGGAAUGAGGGAUGUAACAAGGGAGGGAAGGAAGGAAGGAAGGAAGGAAGGAAGGAAGGAAGGAAGGAAGGAAGGAAGGAAGGAAGGAAGGAAGGAAGGAAGGAAGGAAGGAAGGAAGGAAGGAAGGAAGGAAGGAAGGAAGGAAGGAAGGAAGGAAGGAAGGAAGGAAGGAAGGAAGGAAGGAAGGAAGGAAGGAAGGAAGGAAGGAAGGAAGGAACAGUUGAGCCAGGGUACAUGAGUGACUGGGAGCAGAGGCUGGAGGAGGAAUGGGUAAGAGGGAGCAAGCUGAGGGAGGGGUAGGUUGAUGGGUGACUGAUCUAGACAUGCAUGUUAAUGUUUCCCUGGCCUGAACUAUAGGGGAGGUGAGUUUGAAAGUGAGUGCCGAGGCAUUGAAGACUCAGAAGUUCUGCGGCAGCGAAGUGGCCACGGUGCCAGAAAAAGGACGCAUUGACACCAUUGUGCAAACACUGCUGGUAGAGGUGAGUGUCUGUCUUAUAUAGAAAGUCCACUGUUCUUUCUCCCACAUUGAUUAAUUGAGAUCAAGUUUUCAGUAACACUAGGGCAAGGGUAAAAACAGUAGAAUUUGUAUUUUCCAUUCAUUUUGGAUUGAGCCGUAUAGCUGGACCUACACAACAGACAGCCUGUGAUGUAGACUUAUCUCGACAUUAGUCUACUUUUCAGGUCUAAAACGUUUUAUUAACUCUGAUUUUGGAGUGAAAUGUACCUUUUUAAGUGGUUACCAUAUAAAUUCUAUGCUAGAAUUAACUUUAGUUGUCAUCAUUAAACUGUGUUUUAUUUUGGUGCUCUUUUACCUGAAGAAAGCCAGUCUUUUCUCAAUGUCUAUUUCCCUCUAACAGGCCGAGGGAACCCAGGAGACAGUCAGCCACAACGCUCUGCUCUGCCCUGCAGGUUAUCUCCUGACCUCUAUCAGUCAUUUUACUUUCUCAUAAUUACCCUGAUGAUUAUGUUGACGUGCAUUUAUAUUGGUUUAGAUGACAGAUACUUUUUAAUUGGUUAUAACGGUUCUCAAGUCACUCACGGUCUGUCUCGUUUAUCUGUCUCGCAUCACCAGAGGGCCCAGUGGAGAAGGACAUCUCUCUGAAGCUGCCUGAGGUGUUUGUGAAGGGCUCUGCCAAGGCCUCCCUCUCAGUACUGGGUGAGAAUACUCCAUCUGUUUGGCUGAGUUUUCACACCUAAUUCUAAGUUUUAUAAAAUGUUCAGGAUAUGUUUUCCAUUUUGGUGCAGAUGAAGUGUAGGCAAGGAUUGUUCAUCCCUCUUCAUGACGAGGGAAGUGACUAUUCAAGUAUUCAACCUGCAGAUCUAUGACUGCCUGAAGGUUAUGGGUGAUGAUAGGGAUAAGUAUUGGUUAAGGGCUAGGGUAAGAAACAGGGAUCUGCCCAUUGAAUAACAACUGCCAUUAACUAGAGACCAAUGUUUGAUUGAUUGUCUCAAUGGUUGGUCUCUUUCACCAGGCGACCUGAUGGGUCGGGCCAUGAAGAACCUGGACAGCCUGUUACAGAUGCCCUAUGGCUGUGGAGAGCAGAACAUGGUGCUGUUUGCGCCCAACAUCUACAUCCUCAACUACCUGCAGAGCACCAGGCAGCUCACCAAGGAGAUCCAGACCAGGGCCACAGGCUUCCUAGAGAGUGGUGAGUGAGCUGGGUCCUGUUCAGUAAGGCACAACAUAGCAAAACUGUUUUAAAAUAUGUUGCAACGAAAAACAAGCAUUUAUUAUCAGACAUCCUGCACUCCCUGUUUUACUCAAUAAAAAUUACAAAAUCUUCCUACUGGACACAACCCUGGUGAAAUGGACUGCAAUGCUUAAUGGAAUGUUUAAUGGAAUACAUAGAAUGCACUGGGAUAUGACAAGAUAAUUUGCAGUAAGCCUUGUACUUUUUAAAUAAUGAGCUGUGAUUGAACAGGAGUCUGCAAAGAUCAACACUGUCUGACAGUUUGUGAUCUGAUCAUUUCCGUGUGCAUCUCACCUCUGACUAGCAACAACCUGUUGUCUAUAUUUGGCACUAAACCAGUUAACUGCACCUUGCACAUAUAAUAGAAGUCCCUUGAAGGAUAAUCUGUUUGUUCAUUUGGCCAUUUGUGUUGCAGGCUACCAGAGAGAGCUAAACUACAAGCAUAACGAUGGCUCCUACAGUGCCUUUGGGCAGAGUGAUGAGUCUGGAAACACCUGGUCAGUUUAUUGGAAGUCCACACAGUCAUAAUAACUUAUCUUAGAUAAUUCGACAAUUCCACAAAAUAUUUGUUCGUUUUUUGAAGUCCUUCUUGAAAAUGACAUUGGAUUAAGGGUGUUACAGUAUGUAAUCAAGGCAGGAAUGUGAUCGUCUCCAAUCAGUAUUAGUAUGUGCUGAAGCCAAUUAUUAUUGUGGCAAGUAUAGAGUUGGCUUCAGCACAUACAGUAUGGCUACUAACUUCUGUUAUCUAGAUUCUAUGAUCCAUAGUUUAGGUAAGGCUCACCACAUCUAGUCUUAGUAACUCCAGUGACAUCUUUCCCGUGUCCUCUCAGGCUCACCUCCUUUGUGCUGAAGUCCUUUGGCGGGGCCAAGCCCUACAUCUUUGUGGACCCCGCCCACAUUGCCCAGGCCAAGGCCUGGUUGGCCAGUCACCAGCAGAAGGAUGGCUGCAUCACGUCAGUGGGGCAACUCUUCCAUAACGACAUGAAGGUAAAGGGGAAUCAGAGCUCAGUUGGUAGUAGUAGUAGUAGUAGGAGGAGGAGGAGGAGGAGGAGGAGGAGGAGUAGUAGUAUCUUACUACUGCCACCAAAUGUGAAAAGGUAACGUUAAGAGGAGAGAUUCAGCAGGAGGUUCUGGUGCAAAAGUGUCCCUUUCUAUUUACAGUGCAAUGGUGGAGUCGGCAUUAAAUUCUAGAUAACUAACAAACAAAAGACUUGAUAACAAUACAUAGUCUAACAUCAAAUAUGAGUACUUUACAUAAUUCAUAUUGCACUGACACCGAGGAUAAUGUACUGUUCAGCAGGACCUUAGGACCACACGUGUGCCCCAAAGAAGCACAAAAGUGCACAUGCUGAGCACAACAAGAAUCCCAAGCAUGUUUUAGCCUGUCCUGAGAACACACCACCUCCCCAAAGUGACCUCAGUCUGACUAGUACUGACAGCUUUUGUGUAUCUCCAGAACACUACACUUGAAUCUGAAGGGCUUAACAGGUCCCCCCCCCCCCCCCCCCCCCCCCCCCCUGUUCUGUAUCUUUGUGCAACAUAUCAUGUGAAUGUUGUUUUAAACAAUGCAAUGGUUUUUGCCUGAUAUCGGUUGAUAUCAGUUUGAUUUUGAAACGCUGUAGCACCUGGGAGUACUGUAUGAUGUUGGAUGAAGUUUACUGUCAUCCUUUGGUGUCAUAGGGAGGGGUCGGGGAUCAAGUGACGCUCACUGCCUACAUCACCGCUGCACUGCUGGAGCUGGAUGGCAACACUACUGUGAGUUAUCACCUUUGACCUUUCUCUCUUUCCAUAUCCAAGUCUUUUUAUAUCGAUAAAUAAGAAGGCCACAUUUGGUGCUUUUAUCAAAAGAUGAACAGCCCUAGUGGAUAUUUCUGCUUAGCUGUCCAACUAAUUCACACAGUUCUUGGAAAACCCAUGAACAUUUAGCAACUCAAAAUAUGCAUUUCUUAUUGGUUGAGGUAUUCCCUCCCAGUUUCAAUCAGUGUUCCUCUGUUUGGUGCCUAAUGACUACAACCCUGUUGUAUUUGUAUGUGGGUGUGUCAGGACCCCAUGGUGGAGAAGAGUCUGGCGUGUCUGAAGGCAGCAGUGUCUGACCAGCUGGAGAACACCUACACCACAGCCCUGCUGUCCUACACAUUCACCCUGGCACAAAACCAGGACAUGAGGACCAAGCUCAUCACCCACCUGGACAAGAUAGCUGCUACCUCGGGUAUGUGUCUUGUCUCUUUGUGAAAAAGUCUGUCUGUCGUGAAACAGCCACUGACAAUGAAAAUGACCACAGGUGGCAAUCGUCACUGGGAGAGAGCAGAGGCUUCGGGGACGAAGACGGACUCUCUGGAGGUGGAGAUGACAUCCUACGUGCUGCUGGCGCUGCUCUCAGGCCCCUCCAUGCCAGGCUUUGGGCUGGACUACUCCAUCGGCAUCGUCCGCUGGCUGGCCCAGCAGCAGAACCCCUACGGAGGCUUUGCCUCCACACAGGUACUUUCUUGGUCUGGUAGACAUUCAUUCACUCUAGCACCUCAUCUGCCUAUCACUCCUACUGUUAGUACAUGGUUAAACAUUGAUCACAGCAAAUACUUAUUUUUAUAUGAAAUGUAGCAUAUUGGACAUUGUAUUAAAGCAUUACAAUUUCAUAACACAACACAUGGAUUUCCUUGAAUCUUUGUGCUUCAUUUUACAUUCUUAAUAUGUAUUACUUUGUUAUAUUGAUUUUCUCCAUCCAUACCAAAGCUAUAGUCAUCCAGAUUGGUUUUUGCAACAGCAUCUCUCUCUUCUUCCCCUGCCACCAGGACACAGUGGUAGCGCUGCAGGCCCUGGCCAAGUACGCUACUGCCACCUUCAGUCCAGAGGGCGCCAGUACAGUCAGUGUGAGGUCAGCUGGAGGCCUGAAGAUGGAGUUCACUGUGAAUCAGAAAAACAGGCUGCUCUAUCAGGAGGAGCAGCUGAAGGAGGUCCCUGGGGACUACAACAUCAAGGCUCAGGGCAAGAGCUGCGUGUUUGUGCAGGUCAGGCUCCAGUCAUUUGCCCUUUGCUGCCUCUCAGUACAUGCAGUAUUGAGUGUCUGGUUUGUGUUCAGUCGGGCACAUUGUUGCACAAAAACGAACGUUUCAACCCUAGAGUGUCAGCACUAACGGAAAUGCAUAUGUACUGUACAUUGACAUGUGGAAGUUGAUUUCAUGCAUCUCAAUGGUAUUGUCUCUGUUGUCUUUUCAGAUUGCCAUGCACUACAAUAUUCCCCCUCCUCCUGACUUCUCUGCUUUCAACAUCUCAACACAGACACUGGGGAAAUGCGACGGCACUAAAAAAUCUCUGAUAGUGUCUGUGGAUGUCAGGUACAGUGGUAUUCCUUUUAACCUUGAAAUAGCAACUGACUGAUUCUGGUAGGACACCAAAAAAAGUGACUGAACCACUAGUGUGAAGAUGUAUUUGAUGCGAACAUAUUUAAGAUUAUAUUUUACCUUAAUCUGACCCGGUGUGACUGACAGGUACAACGGUCGGCGAGAAGAGACCAACAUGGUGAUCAUCAAUGUCAAGCUUCUCUCCGGCUUCGUCCUGGACAAGUCCUCCCUCAAGCCUGUGAGUCAAUAAGAGAACCUCAGUUGAAGGGAACACACAUAUAGUUUAAUCAGGGCCAGGAUUUUUACCGGUUUGGGGAACACUCCUGGCCCUAAGUAUAAUACCCUCCAGGAUGACUUGAUGUAUAUUAAUGAUAAUGGCAUCUGUUCUAAGUGUAAGUAUUCUCAAUGCCAGUGGUUGUCCUUUGAACAUAUCAGUUCUACUGUCCAUGACAAUGUUAACCUGUGUUCUGUUCUUCCAGUUGAAAAAUGACCCCAAUGUCAAACGAGUUGACCUGGAGGAAGGACAUGUCAUCAUCUACCUAGAUGGGGUAGGAUCAUGAAUCAUAAAUGUUGCGUCUAAACAGGGUGCUGUCUUUAUCGGUUACAGAAAACCUAGUUGGAUGUGGUCUCAUUUGCAUCCACACACUGGAUUUAACUUGAACAGUAACAUCAAAGUAAGACAGUAGUGGAUGUUUUAUACAGUACCACUAUAUGAAUCUAGAACAUUGAACUUCAGUGUCAAAUGUAUUAUUCCUUUAAUUCCAGCUUAAGAAGAAGGAAACUAAGACGUACAGCCUGGCCAUAGAGGAGGAUGUGCCUGUGAGGAAUCUGAAACCAGCUGUGGUGAAAGUGUAUGACUAUUACCAGACAAGUAAGAAUUCCAUCUAACACAGACAGUGAAAUGUGUAUGGUUGCCAAAAAUCCGGGAACUUUAAAUUCCCUGGUUUUCCCAAAAUCCCGGUUGGAGGAUUCACAGAAACAGGAGGGAAUAAGCAGAAUAUCUGGGAUCCUCCAACCAGGAGUUCUGGAAAACCAGGGAAUUUCAUUAAAGUUCCCGGAAUUUUGCAACCCUAGAAACGUGAUCUCAUGCGCAGCAAACAUUGUGCUCCCCAAGGGUUAUCAUGAAAAACUGGUACUCUUUCUCAAAUGGAAAAAGAUUGCAACACCCGAAACUAGAUAUAUUAGACCACAAAUGUCAAAGUCAUUCCACGGAGGGCUGAGUGUCUGUGGGUUUUCGCUCCUCCCUUGUAAUUGAUUGAUGAAUUAAGGUCACUAAUUAGUAAGGAUCUCCCCUCACCUGGUUGUCUAGGUCUUAAUUGAAAGGACAAACCAAAAACCAGCAGACACUCGGCCCUCCAUUUAAUGAGUUUGACACCCUGUAUCAAAACGUGUUAGCUUUUAAUAGAAGAGCACAAAUACAUUAUAUAUAUAUAUAUAUAUAUAUAUAUAUAUAUAUAUAUAUAUAUAUAUAUAAUUUUCAAUUCAUGGUGCUCUUCUAUUAAAAGCUAACACGUUUAUAUAUGCUUUUUUUCUCUAAUGCAAGAAUACCGGUUUCUAUUAACCAGUUUCCAAACCACCCCAUUCUUUCUGAAAUAUUUGGUGGCACUGGCAUACCCGUCUAGGUUACGUACAUAACUCUGGUUCCCUGAAGAAGGAAAAUAGACAUCACCAGUAUGGGCCCAUUGGUUCACCCCUGAAGUGGGAGUUUAAUGAUGUUGACUGACUGAAAGGGAAGUAAAGUUAGCAUUAGAAAGGAACUGACUUCUGCAUUGCCAUCUGUUCUGUUCUCAGGUGAUGAAGCUGUGAGUGAAUACAGCUCCCCAUGUGCAGAGAGUAAGUACACAACAACCUUUCUAUAACCAAACCUAUGUCUCAUACUUCUGUUUGUUUUGAGUUUGUGAAAUUAGCCUAACAAACUGACAAAUGUAGAUAUGAAGAUUUAUAUGUUCACUGUUUUAUAGGGAGUCAAAUCCUAGGACAAGCAGGGAAUUUUCUAUUGAUGUUUGUCAUUUUCACAGGCGCCAGUCAAUGAAGUGUGA